CCCAAAUCACCUCUGCCUCCUUUGUACUCUCCUUGCGCUUUUCCCCUUGUAUAAGCUUGUCAGCAACAAAUUCAGGAGUCCCAAACUCAGUAAGGGUAUUAAGACGAACUGGGUUCACCACAACCCCAACAUUGUUGCUUGCUUUCUUCAUCUCCUCAAACAGAACAGUUGCUCCUGCCUUUUCCUCCUUGGUGUAAGUAGGCGGCUUGAGUAGGGUGAACCCUUGUUGUUGGGGAUCCAUGUACCUUUCAAGCUUUAACUCCUCAUUAGCCAGAAUGGCGGUUCUGGACCAGAUUUGUCCAUGACCCAUUAAGAAAUAGGGCCAGUCCAAUAAGUGAGAGAUUCAGUUUUCUCCCUACCGGAGAAGGACCUGAAGCUCCUCUCAGGCUCUCACCUUCAAUAUCGAAACGUUGACGCCAUUGCGGUUUCCAGAUUGAUUACCGCUUUCGGUGGAGGGAGUAGCUGAAGCCCACAGUGAAAGCGACGAUAAAGGUUUUUGCCUGGAAGAAGAAGAGGGAAAGCUACAAUUAUACCCCCGAGCUUCUAAAUUCGGCCAGUAAGCCCGAAGGAACUGACGGCUCGAUGCAAAUUAAUCCAGAAGCCGCCAUAUCCACAGGUUUUCAAUAGGGUGGGUGAAUUUCUGAGACCGCGAGCGUGGGUGACGUGGCCGAAAUUAGAAACUACCGGUUGAGAAAUUGAAAUGUGCCAGCAAAAACAAAGUGCCAUGAGAGAGCGGCAGAUGCUCGCUGGUCCCUCCCUGCUGCUGCUGCGGUACUUCCAAUGCCUGCCGAGGAACCUCCGAUUCCUCUGCUGAAUCAAUAAUUUCAUUGAGCAGUCAUCCAUUAUGCUUAGGCGUUUCCCGUCCUCCUUUUCCCUCUUGAAUAUGCAGAGUGCAAUGAAGCUUCUGGCUGGGUCACGCUUGGAUUACGAUCCUCCUGACUUGUUGCAAUCAAGUUUCCAUAUUUCGAAACCCAUUGUUGCGGCUGGUAGAAAGCUCAUUUCCUUACCUGGAUGCGCGAGGUUUAUGCGGACUUCGUGCCGUGUCACUGUACCUGGGACCUCGUCUGCAACUCUUGAAAACCAGAACCCACCUAACUUUUUGAGGAACAAGAAGACGGUUCCUGAUUCUGAUCCUCCCAGCGCUCGAGAUGUCGAUCUGUUGUAUCAGUUCUUUGACCAAAGCAAGAAACUUAUGGUUCUGACUGGGGCUGGAAUGAGCACCGAGUGUGGAAUUCCUGAUUACCGAAGGUUCCUGUCUCUUGUCUGCAAUUGAUUAAUCUGUUAGCUGAAUCCUUAGUUUCUACGUACCCAAUAUCUGUUCAACCGUUGAACCCUUUAUCUAAUUCCUGUACUCUCCUGGAGAAAUCAUUAGUUAUACUUGUAUCCCUUUGGAUGUUACUCCAAGCCAGGCUACAUUUUAGCCCUGUCUAUCACAUAUAAGUAAUUCCCAUCAUUUUCUCCCUGAGGCAAUUCUUCUGUCUAUGAUGCGACUGUUGCAUCCUUACUAGACAGAGCACAUUCAUGAAUCAGGAUAUCCGAUUCUCAGUUUAUCCCUAUGCGACUUCACCAUGCCGCUGCCAAGAAAUUUUGUGUCCACUGAUUGUUCCAUUUCUGAAUCUUGUUAAUUGCAAUUUUCCAGUCCAAAUGGAGCUUACAGUUCUGGAUUCAGACCAAUUACCCAUCAGGAGUUUGUUCGUUCAAGUCGGGCUCGUAGGCGAUAUUGGGCCAGGAGCUAUGCCGGUUGGAGACAGUUUACUGCAGCGCAGCCUAGUGCUGCUCAUUUUGCUUUAUCGUCAUUGGAGAAGGCUGGCAGAAUAAAUUUCAUGGUCACACAAAAUGUUGAUAGGUCAGUGGUUUCUCUUCUCUCCCUGUUGUUUGAGAAACUCUUAUGAGGUAAUGCCAGUUUUUUAGUGUUGUAUGUUCAGACUGCAUCAUCGUGCUGGGAGCAGCCCAUUGGAAAUACACGGCACAGUGUAUUCUGUGAUCUGUCUAGAUUGUGGCUUUUCAUUUGGCCGAGAGCUAUUUCAGGAACAGUUGAAGGAUCUCAAUCCAAAGUGGGCCGAAGCAAUUGAAAGUUUGGACAGUGGUGCUCCUGGAUCAGAUAAGAGCUUUGGCAUGAAACAGAGACCUGAUGGUGAUAUUGAGAUUGAUGAGAAAUUUUGGGAGCAGGAUUUCCAUAUCCCGACUUGCCAGAAUUGCAAUGGAGUCCUAAAGCCUGAUGUAGUAUUUCAUGUUUCACCAGUCGUUUUCUUUGGUGACAAUGUACCGAAGGAAAGAGCAGAGAAAGCAAUGACAGCUGCAAAGGAGUGUGAUGCUUUCCUGGUUCUAGGAUCAUCGAUAAUGACAAUGUCAGCUUUCCGACUUAUCAAAGCUGCACAUGAGGAGGGUGCUGCUACAGCAGUCGUGAACUUGGGUGUGACACGAGCUGAUGAUUUUGUGCCCUUGAAGAUAAAAGCUCGAUUAGGGGAGAUCCUACCCAGAGUGCUUGACAUUGGAUCACUCAGCAUUCCUUCCCUUUAGCUAGUAGUACAACUACUUUCAGUCACCACAAGGUGGCAAAGUUUCAUCUGCAAGUCCAGUCCAUUUUCCUCUGCCUCUGCAUCAAAACAGAAACCCUUCACUGCAAAUUGUACAUCAUCUGUUCGGCUUGGAGCUCAUCCAAGUCACUACUGAAGCCAUCUAGUAGCUCUUGUUGUUCACUUUUUUUCCGAUGAAUACUGUUGUUGACUUCUUGCUGGUGAUGGUGCCAUUGUUGUAUAAGUUUUUUUUAAAAAGUGUAUUCCUUUAAAUUAUCGUCAUUUGAUGGUGCCAACAUGUUCAAUUAUAGAGUCAAAUAACUCAUUAAUUGUUUAUGUGAUAUUUCGGUGUUAUUUUAGUGACAAUUGGAUUAAAGUA